CUUGCUCUGCUCUUAGGAGCUCUCAUACUCCCUUUCCCUUGUAAGGAACGGGUGAUUGUGUGAGGACGAUGGAGCAGGGCAGCAGGCCCUUGGAGGACUUCCCUGUCAACGUGUUUUCCGUCACUCCUUACACACCCAGUACCGCGGACAUCCAGGUGUCCGACGAUGACAAGGCAGGGGCCACCUUACUCUUCUCAGGAGUCUUCCUAGGACUGGUGGGGAUCACGUUCACCAUCAUGGGCUGGAUCAAAUACCAAGGGAUCUCCCACUUGGAAUGGACCCAGCUCCUCGGGCCCAUCCUGCUGUCGGUUGGGGUGACGUUCAUCCUGAUUGCUGUGUGCAAGUUCCAAAUGCUCUCCUGCCAGUUGUGCAACGAGAGUGAGGAAAGGGUCCUUGACACGGAGCAGACGGCAGGAGGACAGUCAUUUGUUUUCACUGGUAUCAACCAGCCCAUCACCUUCCAUGGGGCUACUGUGGUGCAGUAUAUUCCUCCCCCUUAUGGCUCUCAAGAGCCCAUUGGGGUGAACACCGCGUACCUACAGCCAGUGGUGAACCCUUGCUGCCUCACACCACCUGGAGUGGUGGCCGCUGCCACGCCAAGCCCUCCUCAGUACUGCACCAUCUACCCUUCAGAGAACUCUGCCUUUGUUGACGACCAGGACUACCCUGCCUUCGCGGAUGGUGGAGAUGACAGGUCCAGCCCUGAUGCUGAGCUGCUAGAAGAGACGCAGCGGGGAGGUGAGGACUCUGCUGGCUUCUCUCCUCCCCCCUAUGAGGAGAUAUUCUCCCUCCCUCGAUAGAGACGAAUGCUGAGGGAGUAGCCUGAAGUCAUUGUUGCUGACAAAUGAAGUGUUCUACGCUGCAACCUUCAGGAGGCAGACAGCAGAGCAGCCCCAGCAGCCUGACAGACACCAUUCAAGGGGGGGAGGGGGGGAGGUGAAAUGUCUCAAAUUGGUAAAAAUGAGGCUGGGGUGGAGAAAUUACCUUCUGAUACAGCAAGGGAUCCCCCGUCUACAGUUCACCAGCAGCAUGCCUACCAGCAGGAAUCUCAACUGUUUAUCCACAGCAGUGAGAGUGGGGGUGGGAGGGAGGCAGGGAAGAGAAAACUGUGGCUUUCCCAGGGCCCUUCUCAGUUCCCAGGGUACAUUUGCAUAUCCCAUCAGGUGUCCCCGAGGACUCUGGGUAUCUUAAAGGCUGCAAUAAACAAACGAAUAAAUGGAGUAAAAAAUAAAGAAUAUGUUCUGUUAGGAUAUUGGAUAGGUGUCUAAACCAUUCAAAAUAAGUAAGAAUAGGACAAUGAUGUCAUUAGAUACUUAAGUUAUCAUUGGGUCGCAGGGACUCUGGGCUGCUGAUGCUCUUGUGGGGAAGUGUAGGCUUGAUGUGUCCUCCCAGGAUGGGAUCAGUGCUGGGCAUGAGCUGCCUGGGCGCAGUGCCGGCAGAACCUGGGACUUCUCUCAGCACCUCACAAGAGUUCUGUGGAGUUAGACAGAACGGAGCUGCCAUGCCAACACCUGGGAAAUCAUGGAUCGCGGAAACAAUCAUUAUAGCCAAGACAAGCUCAUCUCUUUUAUAAAAAACACACACACUGUUGCCCUUACUUUCCACGAAUCCGGACUAUGUAAUAAACAACCAGAACAAACUCACAGGCUGUGGAAGAGAUCAACUAAAAUCAUCAGGUUUUAAAAGAAAAGAUUUUUCUUAGGCUACAAAGGGAGGCUUGCCCAAACAAGACAGGAUUUAGCCGUUCUUUAAAGUUUUGGUACUAUUUUUACCAGAAAUAUCUAGUUUUCCAAGGAUAUGAUUCACAUAGGCCAUGGUAUAUUAUUGUGAUUUGUAUUCUAUCUCGGGAACAAAAUCUUUUCCUAUGAGAAUUCAUUUUCAUGUUUGAUGAUAGGAUGUGAUGGAAAAAUAUAGUUCUGU